GCGCCUUCGAACUCCGUCCAAACAGCGAUAAGUGCUGGGAAGGUGCUGCUGUAUUAGGGCUGAAAUGCUCUUCUUUGCUUAUUUUUUCUUACUGCUCUCUUUAUCAGCUCCUCCAGCAACAUCAUCACUUCCGAACAAUACACCUCUAUUAUACACUUACGGUCUUGAUGCCUCUUCUGCAAUCCUCAAUUCUCAAUCCUCAAUUCUCUUAUGCUUCCAUCCUUCAUGUUUUCCAUUUUCUCUUUCUAUUUUUUGUUUUUUAUUUUUUUCACCUACCCUUUUCAGUUCUAACCUAAACUAUAUUCAUUCUUUUUAAUAAUAUAUUUUAUUAUUUAAUGACUAUAAAACCUCUAAUCUCCUGUUUACUUGUUUUCCUGCUUUGCUAAUUUUCACUCUCUGAUAUACUCCAGUUUCUCCAUC